CACCAAAGGUAGCAGUUGCUACAGAACUGCUGGGGAGACGUUCCUCCUCAGGCUUUUAGGACUCUGCUCUUACAAUGGCUUUGGUCUAUCGACCUGUAAUGCAACUAAGUGGCAUAUUAUUAUCUCUCUUGGGAUGGGUCCUAUCCUGUCUCACUACUUAUUUACCUCAGUGGAAAAAUCUUAACUUGGAACUGAAUGAACUGGAGAUCUGGACCAUGGGACUCUGGCAAGCUUGUGUUGUCCAGGAAGAAGGGGGGAUGCAAUGCAAGGACUUUGAUUCUUUCUUAGCUUUGCCUCCAGAGCUCAGGAUUUCUAGGAUUUUGAUGUUUUUUUCCAAUGGACUGGGGCUUUUGGGCCUCUCGCUCUCAGGAUUUGGGUUGGACUGUUUGAAAAUUGGUGAAAGACAACAGGAGCUAAAGAAACGGCUGUUGCUGUUUGGAGGAGUGCUCUUCUGGAUAUCCGGGACUACAGCUAUUGUCCCAGUUUCUUGGGUUGCCCAUUCCACAGUCCAGGAAUUUUGGGAUGAGAGUAUACCAGAUAUUGUCCCCAGGUGGGAUUUUGGGGAAGCAUUAUUUGUUGGCUGGCUUGCUGGAUUUUGUCUUAUAUUAGGAGGAUCCCUACUUAACUGCACAAUCUGUUCAACUGAAGUCCAUCCAUCUGCGGGCCAUUAUGCUGUAGCGGAAUUGCAAGAUCAGUGUCAACACUUGGAAACUGAAACUAGGCCUGAAAAUUGAAGGUUUUAAGUAGUACAGAAAGACUGCCCUAUCACUUUCAAACUCUAGUGCAAGCCAGAUGCUUGUUCCACUAGUAGUUCAAAGGACUCUCUGUUACCUAGCUGAUUUGCUAAAUUUAUGUCUGUUUUUUCCGUAACUGGUAUUUGAAAGCAGUGUUUUCUCACCUACAGAACUGCUUAAAAUUUUCUUUCCUAGCAGGAUGCUGAAGUUUUCAUAGCUUGCGCA